AUAAAAUACCGAACCCUCACAUUUGAUAUUACACACAUCCGUAUCUCUCUCUCUCAGUUCAAACAGUGUCAGCACUGUAAACCUAUAAAAAUAACCUACUUUUACCGGCGAGAUCCGAUCUUACGCCGGCGAGACUUUCCGAUUGGGUACGGAUUAGUAAUCUGUUUUCCGGUAAGAAGUUUUCGAGAAAUGCUAUUACCGUUUGUGUUAAUUAACUUCCAAUCGGAGACAUGGUUCCACAAGCGCAGGAAAUCGAUUCCCCCCUUCGUAUGAAUCCCUAAAGUUUGCAAUUCGUUUGAUUUUGGCCUUUUCUCUCUCUAACAUAUGUAAUUAUCCGUUACCGAUUACCAAUUUUUGUUGUUUUCUAUGCUUUUCUCUCUCUAGAUUUAUGUUGUUUGUCAUACAAGUGAAUAGUUUAUAUCUAUAAGCAAGUGAUUUAGGGCUUAGAAUUAAACACUUUUGAACAAAAAACUGGAGAAAAUGAAUCUAAGUACUGCUGAGGAAGAAUCAACAGCACAAGAAAUUCACAUUCCAGCAGAUAUAGACUGGAAAAUGCUGGAUAAGUCCAAGUUCUUCUUUCUCGGGGCGGCCUUGUUUUCCGGUGUUUCCGCCACUUUAUACCCUGCGGUGGUGUUGAAAACCCGUCAACAGGUUGCUCAAUCGCACGUUUCGUGUGUGAGAACCGCAGUUUGGACGGUGAGGCACGAAGGCCUUCGUGGAUUGUACAGAGGCUUCGGAACCUCACUGACGGGAACUAUCCCUGCCAGAGCUCUAUACAUGACUGCGCUCGAGGUCACCAAGAGUAGGGUGGGGACCGCCGCCACUAGGCUCGGAUUUCCCGAGCCUACCGCGGCGGCAGUGGCCAACGCAGCCGCCGGUUUGAGUGCCGCGAUGGCGGCACAGGUGGUGUGGACGCCGGUUGAUGUUAUCAGCCAGAGGCUGAUGGCUCAGGGGAGCGGUUUGACUGCGUUGCCUUGUAAAUACAUAAACGGAGCCGAUGCAUUCAGGAAGAUUUUGAGCACGGACGGUGUUAGAGGGUUGUAUAGAGGGUUUGGGAUAUCGAUCUUGACUUACGCGCCUUCGAAUGCCGUUUGGUGGGCUUCUUAUUCGGUGGUGCAGAGGCUCGUUUGGGAUGGAAUGGGGUGUUUUCUUUGCAAGAAAGGCGAAGAAAAGAUCGAAAAUGGAGUUGAUAGUGGAUUUAGGCCGGACGGUAAAACGGUGAUUGCAGUACAAGGGGUGAGUGCAGCUAUGGCGGGUGGGGUUUCGGCUUUGAUCACAAUGCCUCUGGAUACAAUCAAGACGAGGUUGCAGGUCUUGGAGGGGGAUGAGAAUGGUAGAAAGGGGCCCACUUUGGGGCAAACGGUGAGGAAUCUUGUGAGGGAGGGUGGGUGGUUGGCUUGUUACAGAGGGUUGGGUCCGAGGUGCGCUUCCAUGUCCAUGUCAGCAACUACUAUGAUCACUACUUACGAGUUCUUGAAACGGCUCUCCGCUAAGAAUUAAGAAGUUUUUUGACUAUCGUGUGACUGAAAAAGUGAAAAGAUAGAAGAACACGUUUCGUUUAUUUUUUCUUGGCUUUUGAUUUAGGUGGUACGUCUAACUUUGUUUUCGUUAAGGUUUUUGCCGAUAGUUUUCUUAUUUUUUUCUUUUCAUAGCUUUGUUUGCUUUUUUUUUUUGUAUGUAUAGAGCUUCUGUAUAUUCUCUUCCCCUGGUUAGAUUAUCAAUGUAAGGCAAUUCUCAAACAGUUUUUUUUUU